ACCAAAACCAAAACAACAAACACAACAACACCCUCAAGAUCAUCAUGAAUGCCACAGCUUCCGCCCCGGAUCCGAAUUCCUCCGAUGACGGGUUCCUCGGGUCACAAAACUUUGGUGGAUUCGCAUAUGGUAUCGGAGUCUCUGCAGGGAUAUUGUUAUUGAUAACAACAAUCACCCUAACGUCCUAUUUUUGUACGAGGCAUCAAACAACGGUGGAGCCACCACAAAGGAGACAUAGGAAUAAUACUAAUAAUAAUAACGAUGUGGUUGUGGUCGUGGACGUGGAUGUGGACGUAGGGCUUGAUGAGGAAACCCUAUCGAGUUUUCCAAAGUUGUUGUAUUCAGAUACUUAUAAGAAUAUUCACAAGGAUUCAACCGUGAGUUCUUGUUGUUCAAUAUGUUUAGGUGAUUACAAGAAUAGUGACAUGUUAAGGCAAUUGCCAGAUUGUGGCCAUUUGUUUCACUUGAAAUGUGUUGAUCCAUGGUUGAGGUUACAUCCAACUUGUCCUAUUUGUAGAACUUCUCCAUUGCAAUCACCACUAUCUACUCCUCUAGCUGAAGUUGUUCCUUUGGCAACUAGACCUAUUGGAUAAAGUG